AACUUUAUACAGAAACAUCCCAAUAUCGUAACUGGCGUUUCUCAAAAGCAAAGUUACAAGAAACUCGUGAAAAUAACCACAUAGUAGCUGUAGAAAGAGUAAAGAAAAAGGUGUUAGAAGAAUCAAUCUUACAAAAGCAAACUUCAGAUGCUUCUUCUGCAUACAGUGAUCAAACAGAAAGUGUAUCUUCGUCAGAGAUUGAAUAUUUAACUUUGGAAGAUGAGUUGGCAUUAUGUAAUUUUUACGAAACUCGGAUACCUCUAAUGGCAAAUCACUUUCCAAAAGAAGUUAUCGAGAAUAAAUUCACUGACAAAGUAAAAGCAACUGCGAUAACUUUUGCCAAAAGAUUCUAUUUGCGAAAUACUGUAAUGGAUUACCAUCCUAAAGAAAUCAUUGUUACUUGUCUGUUUCUCGCUGCCAAAGUUGAACACUCUUUCGUUGCUAUUGAGGAAUUUACCAAGGUGUUCGAAUUUCCUAAAGAAACGAUAUUUGAACUCGAACUUGUAGUUUCACAAAGUUUGAGAUAUGAAUACGCGGUUCACCAUCCAUAUUUAGCUUCAUUUGGAUUAUUUCUAGAUAUGCAGAAUUUCAUAAAGGAUAUCCCUAAAAUCAAGUUACUAUACGAGAAAUCUCUUGAAUUUGUCAAUAAAUCUCUUUUUACUGAUUGUAUGUUUAUUUACCAACCAUCACAAAUUGCCUUGGCUACGCUGAGAAUGGCCGCUAAACAAGAUAAUUAUGACUUGGAAAAAAUCUAUCUCCAGUUUAAAUUCAAGUCUGAUCCAAAAGAAAAAGUUAUUGAACUUUAUAAGAUACUUGACGAAAUUGAAGAUACAAUUAAUAGUCACGUAAACGUAAUUGUUGAGCAAGCAAAGGAAAUUGAUGCUCACUUGCACAAGUGUAAAAACCCGGAGAAAAAUCCGAAUAGUGCUAU